AUGAAAGAGAAACGUUGACGAAAAUGGCGCGACGUGGGGAGAAAAAACAUCAGAAACUGCCCCGAAAUACGCAUCCUCCCCCUGCAAUCAACGCCUGGAGAACUUUUUAGAGAUUGUACCACCAAUUCGGGGCAAAAUCUGGUGGAUUUGAUAGUUGUAAGAAAGGAAAGAGAUAGAUAAACAACGCCAUUUGGAAAGGACACGACACCCUUGGAGAUUUCAUUGUCUGGUGGCAGAAUUCCUGAACCUCGUGAUAGCUGUGGUGUGCAACCAUAACGAUUUGGCGAUGAAAACCCGGCCAAAAUCAUCCAGAACUCUUACACAUAAAAGGUAUGACAUCGCAUGAAAAUUCACAGUUUGGUUCCCAGAUCAGUGCAUUCUGCUCAAUCAAGAAGUGUCACCCUGAUAACACCAAUAACCUUAACAACAACGAUGUAGUCAUAGCCAACACACACUCUGGCCAAUCAGCAAACGGUCUAUGUACGGUGCUCCUCAACUCAACCAUCGUUCCGAGUGGAGUUACCUACACUUUUAUAAACAACAAGAAUAACACUACUGGACGAUCACAGAACGUCAUCAGAGCUUCUACCAUCAAGUUGCUAGAUACCUAUCAGAAGUGCGGAAUGAAACGUAAAAGUGAUGAGCAGUUGGAUAACCGUCAUGAGCAGAAACAAACCAGGCAACAGCAUCCAAGUACAAGUAAGAACAAUAACAAUGUGAAGAAAUCGACAACCUCCAAGAGUUCAUCUGGAGGGGAAGGGGAUUAUCAACUAGUCCAACAUGAAGUACUAUGUUCCUUGACAAACCGUUAUGAGGUCUUGGAAUUUCUUGGCAGAGGAACAUUUGGACAAGUUGUUAAAUGUUGGAAGCGUGGAACUAACGAGAUAGUUGCCAUCAAAAUUCUCAAGAACCACCCCUCGUAUGCACGACAAGGUCAAAUCGAGGUUAGCAUUUUAUCUAGAUUAAGUGCUGAAAAUGCAGAUGAAUUCAACUUUGUCCGUGCGUAUGAAUGCUUUCAGCAUAAGAAUCACACGUGUUUGGUGUUUGAACUGUUGGAGCAAAACCUGUAUGACUUCUUGAAGCAGAGCAAAUUUCGGCCAUUGCCGUUGAAGCAUAUCCGACCGGUGCUUCAGCAAGUCUUAGUGGCUCUCCUGAAGCUUAAGACACUUGGUCUAAUCCAUGCUGACCUGAAACCAGAGAAUAUCAUGUUGCUGGAUCCAGCAAGGCAACCAUAUAGAGUCAAGGUAAUUGACUUUGGUUCUGCUAGUCAUGUGUCUAAAGCUGUGUGUUCAACAUAUCUCCAGAGUCGCUACUACAGAGCUCCAGAGAUUAUCCUGGGUCUACCAUUCUGUGAAGCAAUUGACAUGUGGUCGUUAGGCUGUGUGGUAGCUGAACUGUUCCUAGGCUGGCCUCUUUAUCCAGGAGCUUCAGAAUAUGAUCAGAUACGAUACAUCUCACAGACCCAAGGAUUACCUGCUGAAAAUCUCUUGAGUGCUGCUACAAAAACGUCAAGAUUCUUCAAGAGAGAGCAAGACACAAACUUUCCUCUCUGGAGGUUGAAGAAACCAAAUGAGCAUGAGAAUGAGACAGGAAUUAAAGCUAAGGAAGCCAGGAAGUACAUCUUCAACUGCUUGGAUGAUAUCGCUGGAGUUAAUUUCCCUACAGACCUUGAAGGAACAGAAUUGCUAGCUGAGAAAGCAGACAGGCGAGAAUUUGUUGACUUGUUGAAGAAGAUGUUGACAAUCGAUCCAGAUAAGAGAAUUAGUCCAUUGGAAGCCAUCAACCACGCUUUCGUUACAUUGGCACACCUCGCUGAGUACGGACAUUGCAGAAAUGUGAAGUCCAGUGUACGAAGUAUGGAGGUGUGCAAGCGGCCAGGACAGAUCUAUGACACUAACUCUGGAGCUAUCCCAGCAAGCUUUGCUGGUGUAAUGCCUGUGACAUCAACAACAGGAAACUUGAACAUUGCUUUCAACAAUCAACUGAAUGCAGCAUUACAAAACCAGGGUACCUCACAGACAAUCACCACCUCUGUACGACCCCAGGGUAAUGAGUUUCCCUUUCUUCAGUACCAUCUUCAGUCUGGUCCCUAUAUUCCCUAUCAGCCUCCGCAGAUAGCGCAACGAGUAUCACAGAAUGUGCAACCGCAGCAGGCAGGGACUCAGUACCCACGGCCAGAUCCAUUCCAACAGUCAUUGCAGAUGUAUCCAUUAAGAGUUGAGAACAGUGUUCCCAUAGUAACACAAGCAGCACAACAUCAGCCUCUCACACUACAGCAUCAAGUAUUUACACAGAACUCUGGACUCAAUGGUCAUCCAAAUGGAUCAGUAGUUGCCCAUGUUGGUCAACCUCACCAACCAGGGGCCCCUACACACUCCUUACAACCCAUUGCUUUACCCAUGUCAAUGGGUAAUGCAGGACAGCAAGGAUGGCCUGGUCCUGCUGGAGUGGGGCAGAAUCAGACGGUACUCCUGAGGAAUGGUCCAGUCCAAUCCUGGCCCCCCAAUGGCCAGAUGUUCCUGUCACCAUGGCAACAAGGGGCAGCUGCCGUGGCACAACAGCCUGUCAUUCCGGAGACACAACCUCUUGCAGAGACUUGGAGACGGCAGUAUGUGCCCACGGCAACGAUGUCAUGGCGACCAUCAGAAGAUCCUGCAUUUAUCUCUGCAGAACAAAGUCCAGCAAUGUUCCAUAUGGAUGUUGAUGGGAUUUAUGAUCAUGUUGAGAGGUCACAGUACGGAGGGCAUUUUCAUCCCAUUAUGCCUCUGACUCCCCAGCAUGCAUUGCAGCAACCUCAGUCAUGGAGUUCUAACAUACCCCAAGCAACUACCAGGAGCUCACAUGCAAGACUAGCCAGAAAACAAGGAGGACAGAAGACACAUACAGCUGCAUUUAGCAGCAGUUUGUCACCACAGAAGUCCAAACGUGUGCGUGGUAGUUCCCCACCUUCAACCAUCACCCAGCCCCCAUCCACUUCUCAGCCUACUGCCUCGUCGCAGCAGAGUAUAAGAUACAAUCGUAGUACUAAGCAAGAGUCUAGUACCCAGAGGGCAACAGGUGUUAAUGCAGAGGAUUCCUAUUCAACCAAGCGUGAGCCCAUUGUCAUAGCAGACUCACCAAGUCCUAAUCCAAGUGUUAUCACCAUCAGUAGUGAAAGUGAAGAAGAAACUGAGAAACCUGCCAAGGGAUGUGAAGAUAAGAUGUGCAAGGCUUGCAAUGACAAUACUAUCACCCACUCUUGCUCCUUGAGUAGCUCCAAUAGCAUCCUGAGCCCAUCACCGCGGCAACAGCAUCCUUACUCCUCAUCUUCAUCAUCCUGUGACUCAUCUCUAGGCGUGUCACCUCUCAAGAUUGACCUUGAGAAGGUGCAGAGACAGAAUGUUUUGAGUUGUGUCACCAUCAGAGACACACCUGAAGGUAGUCCACAGCAACUGCCGAGUAAUGGUAAUGUAGACAGUGGUUACGGUAUCAAGAACUCAUAUCUUACAGAAGCAGUGGAAGGAGUGGGAAGUAGUCGAAGUCGUGAUUCAAGGAAGUCUGGCUGUAGAGACUCCCAAGUUAUCGUAAGUAGACCCCCAAGUGGUCAUUUGAGUUUUCAGGAAAGGGUAAAAGAGGAAGUCCACAGCGACACACAGGAAGAAAUUCUGCAUCCGUUAAGAAAGUCUCAAGGAAGAGAUCUGGUCUUGGCAUUGAAGAAAGAGAGGCCUGCUCAUCACUGCUCAGACUCUGCUAUAGCAUUUGUCAAUCUUCCUCCCCUUGAGGUUGACUCCGCCCCCAAACCUCAACCCCAGAAGAGUUCCAGUAAGGAUGCUGCGUCGACUACACUACCAGCGUUACAUCCAAACCUAACACACCACCGCCAGCGUCCAAGUACCUUGACCCUAUCAUCACAACAGUCAUCAAGAAGUCAAAGGUCAACAAGAGCUGACCCAGUGACAUCACAAGGUCAGAGGGCACAGCAUGAUAGAGUUGAUCGCCAUCGUGUUGUACCAGUCCAUUCAUCACCUACUGUAACCCUUCCCCCUUAUUUUCAGCAGCAUAGUAGCCCUGUUCAUAAACCAAAGACCACGCAGUCCCAUGUAGGAGGCCCUGGUCAGUCCAACGCUCAGUAUGUCUAUUCUUACGGCUCAACUCCAGGGAUUAACUCUCCUCUCACCACCACUCUUCCUCAAGGAGCCCAUAUUCAUUAUAAAUCCUCUCUCCCUGCUCACCUGCCUCCUCAAGCUGUGCUCCAUUCACCUACUAUUCCCUCAGCUUCUACCGCCUACCAUCCUGCUGGUAUGGCUCCGCCCCCUGCGCAUUACCAUCCUCAGUACAAUCGGCCAGUGUACCUUCGUUCACCAUCAGGUAACAUCUACAGUACCUACCCUCUGAGCCCUACUAAGACACACCCACCCUACCAGUACUUGUACCAAGGCUUUACAGGUGAUUGACUUGUUGCCUUGCGAGACAAAUUCGCUCAACUUCACAUGUGAAAAGUGACCUUCAAACAGUGAGGGCGCUGUAAAAAAUAAUGCUCAUUCUAAUCACUGAGCAAGGACUAAACGGGUGUUAUGCAAGCUAUGCAUUGGACCUGUAGUCUUGGUAUUGGUUUGUACCAAGGUACUCCUGGCCAACCACCAAACCACCAAUCAAUCAAUUAGUAAAGGGGAACAGGUGGAUUUAUCAGACUAGAGCAAUUAUCAAGGAAGCAGAUUGGUUGGGUAUGAAAAUGUGUAACUGAUCUUCUAAAGCCACAGCCAUGUAACCCACAUAGGAUCAGCUGAAAAGCACACAUUCAGUCACUGGCAGUGACAAAAUCCUGUAAUUGAUUGUCAAAAUCGAGAGGCAUCCAAAUUCCUAAAAGCAGUUCUUCUGCAGUUUUCUUUUUGUCAUAUUUUUAAGUUGAGAGAGUUUGCCUCGCAAUGUUCCCAGGAGUGUAUUUUGGGAAUAUGCAUCGUGUGUUGGAUUUUUUACUCUGUGUGCAUGUUUUUUGGUUUGAAUUGAUCCUUCAUACUAAGAUGCAGGCAUUGAUUGAUGUGAACUUUGACCUGCAGUAGAAUGACCUUUGAUUAAUCUUUGAUAUACUGCAGGGCCAUUGAGGAUUGAUCAGUGACUAUGGUGUGUCUGGUUUUGGUUCAGGGUUAGAUUGAUUGGGGAAUUCCAAUACAGGAAUAACCAUUUCUUGUGUUUUAAGAAUGGUAUGCUUCAUGUUAAGGAAUUUGAGAAGUGUUUUAAUCCUAGAUUUUAUUGAAGUACAUUGACGUGUGGUAGAUGAUGUUAUGAAGUUAUUUUAGUUGUGUGUCUGAGCUUUUGUAGACGCGGUUUUAAGUGUUGAUUAAACACAUUACUAAUUACAUUAGCAUUGAAGACUGUUUCCAUUUUAUUAUUCCUAUUAAACAGUAUAAAUGUAUUGCAUUGGAAGUUAUGGUUUAAACUUAAGCUCAUUUUAAUGGAUAAAUUGAUGUUGCAUGUAGCCACAAGUAGUGUAUCAUUUUAUGCAAAGAGCUACAGAUUAAUAAACAGCAUGUUGUUUGGAGGAAUAUUUUAGUUAAGAAUGAAUUGAAUUUUCGUUGUAAAGUUCAGAAGAGUACAUGUAGUUGUUUGAUACGCUGAAUCUUCGGCAGCAUUAUCACACUAAGUUAUAUGCACACUUUGUUGAUGUACCUAUUCAAUAUCCGAUGGCCGUCAUUUUGUAACUUAUAUUAAUAGCCUGGAAUAGGAAAAUCAGAUGGAUUUUGUAAACUAAUAAACUAUCCACUGCAGUUAUGUAUAAAUCGCCUUGUAGAGAAAUCCUUUGGAACAUGUACAGAUAAUGUGUACUGGUGUUUUGGGACCAGUAGUGAUUUCAAUAAAGUCCCCUUGUAAAAUAUUCUGAAGGUUUGUAGAAAUGAAAAUGGAGCAUUAACUUUGUAAUACACUGCUACGGUAAGUUGGAUGCACAAAACUAGCUGAGAUUGGGUCAAGUGAAAUAAUAAUGUGAUAAAAAUACUAGAUCAUUGUACAUUUUGUAGAUGAAAAAGAAGACUAUUUUUAUGACUAAGGAAUUGAAUGUAUGCUUGCAGUUGCAAUGUGAAGUGACUAGGUGAGGUUUAAAUGUUGCUUUGUUUGUUACUGUGAAACUACUGUUCUAAAAUGUACAAAUUUCCAGUUGUAUCGUGUGCUGAAUGGAAUGGUAUUAUUGCAUACAGUAGGUUUUUUCCUCACAUGAAUUGGUGCAAAUAAUUGGUUUAGCUUAGUUGGAAGAUGUUUCCCAUAUGCCUUAAAAUGCAAGUCUUAUUGUAUCAAAGAUCUUCCAUCAACUACUUGAUUAAUGUCACUUCAAUGAGAGCUCUAAAUAUCUGACAGUCAACCAAAUCCAUGAGUUAACUAUGAACUCAGCAGCAGAAAGUUUGAUUAUAAGACCGAUUUUUUUUAAUGAAAGUUUGAGAACUUCCUGACUGAUUCAUUUGAAUUGAAGUAGAAUGGUGAUUAUUGAAACAUAAGAUUUGCAUAUUUAAUCCUGGAAUAACUGUACUAUUAGUAAGUAGUACUUGUUGGAUCUGCACAGUGAUAACUCAGAUUAGUAGCAUUAAUAGCAACUCACAAGCUGUCCAGUUGUUAGCAAGCUGUGCCAUAAUAACUUCAGUGUUUGUGAAAGAAAGUUGUGUUGGUAAAUUGUAAAGAGAAGUGGACUAUUUUUGCUAGACAUUUUCCUCUUGAGUAGCAAACUCAGAUUACCCUGUCACAGUGUCUUUCCCCUCUGGUUGCCCAUGAAACUCGGUAAUCAUAGGUGCCAUUCUGCAUUCAAAAUGAAGAUGAAAUAUUGUUGCCUAAAACGACGAGGAAAGAACAUGAUAUAUAAGCAAACCUAUUGGCAUAUUAUGCUGAACCAAAGAAUGUAGUAUAACAUGACAUGGUCAGGCCAUACUUUGUGGUGAAAUUGAUAGGAAUGUUUUAUUAAAUGUAAAUCCAAUUUUGAGAGCCUCAUUUUGAAUUCAAAAUGGCAGCCAGGCUGGUUACCUCUUACCAGUCUAUGGCCAUCUGAUAUAAGAAUCUGAAGUCUAAAUCCUGCGUAUUGUACAUAGACUAUUUCAUCACACAUAUAUAUAGCACAUGCAUCUGGAAUUAUAAAUACAUGAAUAUUAACUUUGUAGUAGAUGUUUUUUAAAAAUGGUCUGCACAGUUCAUAUGAGGUGUAUGGUGCUUUUUGCAGUAUGGACUAUUUCAUCCAUAGUCUUUUAUAGAUUUUAGACAAAGUGUGAUUUUAUGAAAUAACCAAUCUUGGUUAGAUUGUCAAUUGAUAGAUCUCCAGCUUGAGACGUUCUCUUUCUCAGGUCAACUCUGGUCGUUCCCUGAUCUAUUUUAUCCAAGUUUAGGUCCUAAUUCUUGCCAUCAACUGAUAACUAAUUUUCUUUGUUCGGUUUUUGUCUUGAAACAUUUUCUGUUCAAUCCAUUUUUUUAAUGAUGAAAGUCAGGCCUUAAUAAUCAAGUUACAAUGCUCACAAAUUUAGCUGUUACUCAACCUCUUGAAUUGCAUAACUCCAACAACUGCUAUUCAUUAGUUUGUGUAAUUUCAACCUGUUUGUAACAACCUGUUAUGCUAUCUGAAUCACAUACAUGUAUGCUGUUUUGUUUUUCCCUUUCUGAUCAGUAUCUGAUGUUUGAUCUGUUUUUCUAAUCUUGUUUUACCAUGACUUUCUGAGAACUGGAGAUCUGCCAGAUUUGACUAGAGUAAUAAGCUGAUUUCUACAAUACAUGUAAAGGCUAAAGUAAUGAAACAUCAGGGUAGUAGGUUAAAUCUUAAGUACCAUUGGAUGCAAUCAUAAGUAAUAAUGUGUGACAUGAAAGUUGUCUUCAAAUAACUAUCCUUCAUUCCAGGCUGUUGUGUAUUAGUUAACUUUGGAAGAUUGGUUUGGUCAAAUUUGUCCAAUUUAGAUGCUUAAACUAUUCAGAUAGAUACAUUAUUAGUUUCAGCCUUGAUAAUGCCAAGCGUUAUAUGUUGCGCAUACGUGUUGUGUGAUUGUGACCGAGAUAAUAAGAAUAGUUAAGUCUGUGUAAAUGUCAUAUGAGUACAUGCAUCUACGUGUGUGUACUCACACAUAAUGCAUUCUAUUACUUUCAAAGUUUGUCACUAUGUGUGCCGUAAUGUUCUUGAUCAUUGUUGUUUUGGAUGUAUAUCUUUCCUGUUUAUCAGCAAUUUAAGCAGUUGAUAUUGCCACCAUUGGUGUUGGUGUUACACCCCUGUUAGUCCAGUCAUCCUCUGAUGCCAUCUUCUUUGCAUACAUACAAUAGGCAAACUUUCCUAGUUCUGGAACUUUUUUUGGAACAAAGUUUGAUCUAGUAAUGUGCUUGCUGUCAUUUUUAGAUUUUGUUUUUGAUUGGUAAUUUACAUAUGGUGAUUGUCAUCUGUGUUUAUCUUUAUCCCAAUCCUUGGUAAAUCAUAGUGGAGAGAAAUCCUUCUGGUAGGUGAGCUAUGUUAACUGUGCCGUGAAGUGUACUUAUACUUGUAUAUAAUAGAGAAUAUUAUUGUACCACUGAUAGUUGAAGGCCAAAGUAUUGUGUAUAACACUUGAUAAACAGUUCAUAUAUCCUUCCUGCACAAUGUGUUUAAUUUACCGACAAAACAUGUAGCUGGAUUUUAGCACUGGAAAAACAAUGAAUUUUUGCUUAUCAGUAGCUGGUCAUUAUUCUAAUGAGAAUUCUAUAGCUGUUACUUAGCAACAGUUGUACUUACAAAUGCUGGCACUUCAGCCGCAUACAUGUAGCUGUUAUCUCAUGCAUUGAAAAACAUUUGCAUAAAUGAAGUAUUUACGGUUUGUUACUGAGAUAUUUCAUGAACAAACAGGACCAUCUAUUGGUUUAAGUAUUGCUUUUAUUAUUGAUAUAUAAAGAGGUUAAGCAGGUUGGAUACAUUUUUCUGUGUUUAAUUGCUAGUCUUCAUGUUGUUUUAACAACUUAAAUCGGAAAUUAGUUUUCUAAUUUCAGUCACAAAGUGUUUCAUGAAACACUAUUUUGAUUAGAAAAAAAGGGCUCUGGUAUGUGUGGGAGGCUCAAUUUUGAAAAAUAGAAUUUGAUAUUGUUUGGUUUUUUUUUUUGUCAUUUGGAAUUUGUUUGGAGUGGAUUUUUAUUGAGGUUUUAAAAUUUCCUUUGAAAUUUUAUUCAUUUUCUAUUGUGUAGAUUUGUGAUCUGUGGAGCAAUAUUUACCCGUUUGUAGUGUUUUGUUUUCAAUAUUUGAACACCAGUAUUAACCAUUUGUAGUAUAACUUGUAAUGCAGUAUGGUGUUUACGCUUCAUGCAUUAUUCAUAUUUUAUGUUAUGAAUAUUUAUCAGUACAGAUAUUAAUGAUGCUGUUGGUUGGUUGUGACAUUAACAUAAUUAGCAAGUGUGUGGUUUAAAAUGAAUUUUGAGUUUUAUUUAGCUUUAUUUGCACAUAAUGUACAAUACCAGAGUCAUUUAGUCGCUAGAGUAUAGUUUAUCAAAGCAGUUUUAUUUGGUUUUAAUUUUGAAAUAUUGCAGAACCAGACUUUGAAAUUAUCAGUUCACAGGGAAACUAAUGUCCUUAAUUUUUAUACAUUAAAACGUCAACAUGUUAACCAUCCUGGUGUUGCUACACUUUUUGUGGGAACAUUGUGGCGCUCAGUAUUAAGCAGAAAUUCAGUCAACAGAAAAUGUAUUUGCCGAGGUAUAUCAUGACAAAAACAUGAUGUGUUAAAAUGAAUUAUAAACUGAAACUUCUUAAUUUGACUGUAGUUUUUAUAAGUAAGAAGAUUUUAGACAUUCCAUCUAGGAUGAUUUCAAAGUACUGGUUCUGUUUUUAUUGCCGACUGAUGAUAGAAUUAGUCUCAAGUUAGACCUCAAUGGUAUGCUUUCUUGUUUUGCUUUUACAUAGAGGUUUGGAUUUGAUUUUGAUUGCAAUGUUUUAACAUCUUGUACUGUUUUUUAUUUUUCCUUAAUUGUGGUCAGUUAAUUUCUUCCAUUGUUUCAAUGAACCUGAAAUAUGCAUGAAGUAGUUAAUAGUGUACACCAAAAAUGCAGGCAUAAUAGAGCUAAAACAUAAUGAUGUCACACUUUGUUUACAUGUACACUUUCUAUGGGGAAUCAGUGGAUCACAUCCCACUUCAUUGCCAUAGGAAAGUGCACAUUUAAACAAAGCAUGGCACCAUUGUGUUACAGGUCUGUGGAGCACUGAAGUGUGACGUCAUGAACAAAGAAGUCUGGUGCAAAUAAAUGGAGAGUGCAUACGUUUGUUAAUACGCGAGGUGCAUGGAGAUACGCACUUCAGUACCCUAUAACAAUUAAAACAAGGAUGUAAGAAUAUGUCAAAUCAUUCUAGAGGGUGCCAUGCAUUUUACAAAAGACUGAAUAACUUGCAUUUACGUGCAAAUUCAUAGAAAUGCACAAGUCCUUGAAAGCUUUGUGCCUCAACUGUGACCUGUUUGGUGAUAAUGAGCCAGAAGACCAUAUUUCCUAUCAGAAAGUUGUUUGUGUGCAUAAGAAAGGGUAAACUAAGGUCUUUGCUCUGAUGUACAUGUAUCUCUCAUUUCGGUAUCCUGAUGAAAACAAACAUUGUUUUGGGUGAAAAUGUCGAGGGUUCCUUCUGAUUUCUGUAUUGUACAAGACUCUUUACAAGGCCUGUAUUCUCAAAAGUGGCUCUGGUGACUUCUAAACUUUAGCUCUUUUUCACCGGAUGGGUCACAUUUGAAGAUUUGACAGCAUGGUACACUGGAAUUAUAUCCACAUAAAAAAGCCCCAUUAACUGGCUGCUCUUAAAAUAGCAUUGCACUCAGCGACUACACAGUGCUGUAAUUCAUAAACAAUUUCAUCUGUCUCUCUCUUUUGUUUUUUGAUUUUGUUUGCUUUUGGAUUUGCCUAACAGUAAUGUAAUCAGUUCUAGCUGUUUGUUUAGAUUCUGUUGUAAUAUUUUGGUGUGCGUGCAAUAUGUAAUAGAAAUGAUAGAUUAUAGUUUUGCUAAUUACGCUCGGAAACUUCCUGCCAUAAUUGUUUAUUGUGAUUGAAGGAGUUGUUGCUAUGGUAACCUUUACUGUGGUGAUAAAUAUUGAGAGUUGUGUGGCCGAGUUCGCUGGUAUUGAUAUCGUUGGUAUUUUGACGCAGAACUGUGGAUGUUUUGUCAGCAUACAGUGUUUCAGUCUUUACACACCAUUUUUUGUGAAGUCCGCAAAGACAUCAAAGUCCACAAGCUUUUUCAGUCUUGUAGAGUAGAAAAUACAGUUCAGUUUUCAUGUUUGUGCUAUUUAUGGGCAUUUCCAUAAACGAGAGAUUAGUAUCAGGAAUUGCCUCUAAGUGAUACCAGGAACAUUUGAUAGGGGAAUUAUUUGUAAAGGAAAGAGGACUGUCCUAGUUUCUGUUCAGUUUGUGUCGGAGAAGGAAACUAAGAUCUUUGCAUGCAAGAAACAAUAUUUUUGGACAAAUGUUUCUUCAGAUUACAUGCUCUUAAAAGUGAUUAUGUCAGUUUCAAAACAAGGACAGUCUUUCAGUCAGUUUCACAAAGAUUCUUUGCAGAACGUUUUCCUUAAAGUGUAGAAUUUACCAAGCAUUGUUUUGUUACCAGCCAAAAAUAAAUGUUAGUACAGUAGCUGGCUGGUAGUCUGUUCUGUAUGCUUAAUUCACAUAACUUUAGUCAAAUGUCUGCAUUGACUUUGAUGUGAUUGGGAAGAGAUGGAAGGUUGGACACAACGACAAAAUAUUAACCAAUUAAUUCCUGUUUUGUAGUGUACCUAGGAUGUAUGCAAACCAAAUGUUAUACGUAGAACUGCCACUCAUUUGGGUGAAUAGGGAUAUUUCAAUAAAAACAAGCUUAUUUUAUUGGCAAAUGUA